UGGGCCUGGGCUCUAUCCACUAGACCAUUCUGCUUCUCAGAGUGUUGAGAGCUACUUGCCCAUUCUAGGCUGCAGACCCGUCUGGAAAAGAGCAAGACCAUAGACCCUAACAUGGAGAAGCCCUCCUGAAACCCAAAGGCCCUUGGGCCUAUCCUGGCUUCUUACGCUGUUUCCAUUCAAUGCAAAGAGUCUUGACACCUUUCUGCUCUGUUGCCUCUUCCCUCCUCCUCUUUCCAGUCUCAUUCCUUUCUCCUGCCUGGGCUUCUCUUUCUCCAUUUGCAGAGAGGGCACUGAAUCUGCAAGGCAAGGAGCUGAAUUUGGGGGUUGGUCCCCCAGAUCUGGGGCUGGUUUGUUCCCUUUGAAUUACCUCCCCUGUUUUUCAAAACUUGUGGAAGCCUUAAAAUCAGUUAUUGUCUUUGUUGGCUUGCCUGCCUGCUUUUUCUGAUUUGGGAGAAAAAUUGUCUGAUCCUGAGGGAGGUUAACCCUCCUCUUGGUGAGAGGGGGUUGUGGAAGGGGGUGUAAAGAGGAGGAGGAGAAAUUAGGAGGAAGGUGUGGGUGGUGGAAGCAGAAGAGAUUGAUCCGUGAAGGAGAAUAGUGGGACUGAGUGCAAAGAUGGGGUCUGUAUUUCUGGGAGUGCGCAGGGAGAAUGGAUGUCAGGUUGCCUGUUGUGGGGGAGAGGUCUGUGUAUUUGAAGAGUAUAUGUAUAUGUGAGCUAGUAAGUCUGAAGUGUGAGUGUGUGCACACACACCUCAUGUAAGGAAUGAGGGUGUGUCUGGGUUGGGUGUCUGGAGUGCAGGCUGGAGUUGCUAUGUGGAGAGGGUGGGGAGGGGCUGGCUGCCCAGAUCUUUCACAAACUACAGAGCACUCGCUGGUUACCAAGCAUAGCUCUCCAAACAGGCCAGUUGGUCCAGGGCAAGGGGAAGGCUCCACUCCUCUGGGUCCCUGAGGCCAGGGCAGGCUGGACCGGUGCCUGGUGAAGUCCGAGCCUGGAGGCUCCCCAGCGGUUCCCACAGGUGGCCUGGGCUGGUGAUGGACAGGCUUGGAACGAUGCCACCCCCGCUGUCACUGCCAUGAACGGUGCUCCGGACCGGACCGCACCAACUGCAGCCCCAGCAGAGCCGGCGGAGUCUUCACAGCCUCCGGGUCUCAUCCCCGAGUGCCCCAUCUGCUACGCUGCCUAUGACAAUGCCUUCCAGAGACCUCUGCUCCUCCCGUGUGCUCACACCUUCUGCCUGGAGUGCCUGGCUCGACUCUGCCUCUUCCUGAAACAAGCGCAGCUUUUCCCCUGCCCCCUGUGCAGGACGCCUGUCUUGGUGCCCACCGGAGGGGUCCCCAGGCUCCCAACCGACACGGAUGUGGUGGUCCGGCUCCCUCCCUGGAUGCAGACCCUGCCUGACAUCUGGCUGGAGGGACACCGUCUAUGCUGGGUCAGGCCCACCAGCCCACCGGCAGCCAGCCCAGAGAUGCUGGUCACCCUGGAGCUAUUGACCCACCGUCCCCCGCUCCUGCAGCGACCCCAGCCUGGCGAGCUGGUGGCUGUCCAUCAGGGCCACAGGCUCCCCGGGGGCAGGGAGCUAGGCCAGCUUCUCUGGAAGUGGAAGGUCACCCUGCUCUGGAUCCUGCUCAUUCUGACCUUGCUGGUCAUCGUGCCCACGUACCUGUAUGGGUUUCACAAGUGA